AUGGGUGCAGUACUGUCACUGUCCCCUGCAUCCAGGAAGAACAGCUACUACAACACGCGCCCCGGUUCGCUCAACCACUACCCGAACCUGAGCAGCCGAUCGCUCAACACUCAGAAAGACCACACUGGCGGCCUGAAACGGGGCCAGUCAAUCUUCCUCCCGGCGCUCACCUGGAAACGCCUGGUUGCCACCACCAAGAAACGAGGGGGUUCUAAGAAAUGUUCUGGGGGUCCUGGGUUGCUCGGAGACCCCCUCAACAACAACAACGUUUACCAGAAGGACCCGGUGUUGCAUCUCAACCAGGAGAAUGUCAAGAAGUCUCUAUCCUGUGCCAACCUGUCCAGCUACAACAGGCCAGCGGGACUAGGCCUGGGGAUAGGCUUUGGCCAGGGACACUGCAGCUAUGAGAUGGGCAUUAAUCCCCAGCAGCUACCUUCUGUCAAAAAAGUGCCCCAUCAAGGAACGGGCGCUUCGUCCCCCAAGCGCGUCAUCAUCCAGGCGUCCACUAGUGAACUUCUCCGCUGCCUGGGUGAGUUCCUGUGUGGCCGCUGCUAUCGGCUGAAACACCUCUCCCCGGCGGACCCAGUGCAGUGGGUGCGGGCGGUGGACCGCUCUCUACUCCUCCAGGGCUGGCAGGAUCAGGCCUUCGUGACGCCAGCCAACGUUGUGUUUGUCUACAUGCUGUGUCGAAAUGUGGUGGAUGGGGACCUGGUGUCGUCGGAGCACGAGCUUCAGGCAACGCUGCUCACCUGCCUCUACCUGUCCUACUCCUACAUGGGCAAUGAGAUCUCCUACCCACUGAAACCUUUCCUGGUGGAGGCUGGCAAAGAGGCGUUUUGGGACCGAUGCCUUGCCAUCAUCGACGCCACUAGCACCAAGAUGCUACGCAUCAACGCCGAUCCCCACUUCUUCACCCACGUGUUUGCCGAGCUUAAGAGUGAGGGGGGCUGCGGCCCACAGGACUACAGCCGAGUGCUGGACCGGUGA